UAACCUUCUCAUCACCGCGCUGCACUUGUAAAGCCAUUUUAAAUUUCAAGUACUGCCUCCUUGGACAGACACGCUAGUUUGCAGGAGACUGGAUUUAAUCAUAUUUCUCCCUGACUUAUAUUCUCAUGCUUUAGGCUUGUACUAAUGCCACUGGAAGAUUCGAAAGCCGUUACGAGGCCUACAUUUCUCCCACAAAUCAGACAGCGUUUCCAGACCCUCAUAUGGACUUGUCUCGAUUUCGACCUCGUCAGAUCUGCAGCUUUCUAUGCGGAACUUUACCUUGUCAUGGACGAGAACAACCACGAUGCGCGUCAUCUUUAUGCCACGGCACUUCUUCGAUCCGGUCAACCACAUUCAGGGCUACAAUUAGUCACUGGUGUUCAACAGUCGAGAUGUAGUGGAUGCUUAGAAAUCAAGGGAAAGUGUUGUGCUGCUCUUGGUCGGCACAGGCUAGCACACGAAGCUUUUGACGCUAGUUUACAGGAUCCAACUUAUACCCCGACGGCUUCUAUGGGCCCUCGAACCUCGCGCGCAUUUCCAGAGGAGGCUGCAACACGAUGUCGAUCUGGAACGAUGGCAAUGAAGGGCAAUCUUCCUGAGCAGGCUACUCGUAGAUUUCAACAAGCUCUCGCGCUCAACCCUAUGUUGUGGGAAGCAUUUGAGGGCUUGUGCUCUCUCGGUACGGCUCCUGAUGUAGAUGAGAUCUUUCCAGCGCGACCCGCCCCAGUGAAACAGGGUCCGCCAGAAGAGCCCCCACCAGCCAAGGCACCCUCUGGCCCGAUUGCUACUGGAGUUGGAUUUUUUACGCCUGACAUCACUGUCAAUACCACUCUAUAUCGUGGUCGCAAGAACGUCCCUCAAUCUUUCCGAAUGGAUCCUCUAGAUCCACGCGACUCUAUCGCUACUAACGAGCCGUUCUUUCAUACGGAGAACUCAUUUCUUCACCCUCCACCCCGUAAUUCUAAAUUUGAGCUAGCAGGGUCUGGCCCGUCUCAGCCCGCCGCACGACCGCUAUCUUCGGCGGAUGAGACUGGUCCUGCGCAGAAGAGACUUCGAUCAACGAUUCGACAAAAGAGCACUGAGACUGUCGCAUCCAAGCUGACUAUGGACGAAACCUCGAAAAAGGCACGCGCACGCCCGGCCCUAAAAUUUGCUAAUAUCUUCUCAUCACCGGGUCGUCGUUCUCAGCCCGUCAUAUCAUCCAGACCAGUUGCUAGUGGGGGAAUUACCAAGAACGAGAGAGGGAGUGCUGCUGUUGCGCCGCGGCGAAGCACGCGGCUCUUGAGUGGCACUACUAGCAAGCCCCUCAAGCAUCCACCUCCACGAGAUCGCCGCCGACAGUUGACUACCUCGCGAUCACGAUCAAUAGACUCAGAUGGCGAGGAUGAUGCCAAUCUGCACGGAGAGGUCGCGUCUUCGACCUCGCCAACUUCGAAUGCUCAGUCACCUCCUUCUGAGACGUCUCCCGCGCCAAGCAAUUGGACCGCGGCACAUGAACUCGCUGCUCAAGAGGCGUACGAUUCAGAGAUGGCAGACCAAUACAUCUAUGAUUUACUCCGGCGAUUUGCACGUGCUACUCGAGCUUUAUCCAAAUAUGAUUGUUACUCCUGUCUUAUGGAACUCGACCAGAUACCGCUUGCACACCAGCAAUCGUCGUGGGUAUUGGCGAUGGUGGGGCGAGCCCACUAUGAACGACUCGAGUACGCGUCAGCAGAGCGAGCGUUCAGGGCAGCUCGAACUCUGGAGCCUUAUCGGUUGGGCGAUAUGGAGGUUUACUCGACUCUUUUAUGGCACCUUCAGCAGAACGUGCAGCUUUCAUAUCUUGCGCAAGAACUUAUGAACAUAAACCCACGCUCUUCGCAGGCGUGGAUCGCAGUUGGCAAUCUUUUUUCCUUACAGAAAGAGCGGUCUCAGGCACUUACGUGUUUUCGACGAGCUGCUGAAAUGGAUCCGUCCUGUGCUUACGCGUACACUCUUAGCGGACAUGAAUCUAUUGAUGAGGACCUGGACAAAGCUAUCGGGUUCUUCCAGACUGCCCUCCGCGCAGAUCCGCGACAUUACAAUGCUUGGUACGGUCUCGGCACCUGCUAUUUGCGGAUGAGCAAAAUACGCCUGGCUGAAUAUCACUAUCGCAAGGCAGUUGAAAUUCAUCCGAAUAAUGCAGUUUUACUAGGUUGUGUGGGCAUGGCUGUCGAACGUCGGGGUGACAAGGUGGCUGCUCACUCAUUAUUUGAUCAGGCAGUUCGCGUAGCACCAGACAAUGCGCUUGUUCGUUAUCGUCGAGCAAAAAUCCUUAUCUCCAUGAAAAGAUACGCUGAAGCGCUGGAAGAUCUACUUCAGCUUCGCGACUCAUCUCCCGAGGAGUCGAAUGUAGUGUUUCAGAUUGCGAAAGUCUAUCGAUUGACGGGUGAUGAGGUAAAAUCGGCGCACUGGCUCGCCAUAGCACGCGAUACAUCGCCAAAGAGCGUCAACAAACUGAAGAAACUCAUUGACACCGUCAAGGACGAGGAAGGCAGAGAUGACCAGAUGGAUGAAGGUUGAGGGGGCCGCAUCUACCGGGACGGCAUUCAUGUCGUGUAGAUAGCUGAGGGUCUCGGUGCAUAUAACAUUUUUUUUAUCGUUGGCGUGGUGGCGUUAUCGCAAUGGAGGCUGUUUG